AUGAGGCUGGCAGUUCUCCUCCUGUCGGCGGUCGUUGGCCUGGCCAACGGCCUCGGUAGCACCGACACGAUCACCUGGGGCGGCGAUAACUCGAGGUCGGGGUACCAGACCAACCACAACAUGGACCCUGCCGUCGUUAGCAGCUCGCAGUUCGACCAGAUCUGGCGCACGACGCUGCCGGGCAACUAUGGCGGCGACAAGGAGAAGGCCUUCUCGCAGCCGCUCGUGUACACACCGUCGACAGGCACCACGCAGUACGUCUACUACUCGACGACACAGAACAAUGUCUACAAGAUCAACGCCAAGACGGGCGAGAUCGUGGCCUCGCGCAACCUCGGUAUUCCCUUCCUGACGGCCGACCUCAACAACUGUCUCGAUAUCAACCCCCACGUCGGCAUCAUCUCAACAGGCGUGAUCGACCCGGCUACCGACACUCUCUACCUUACGAGUAAGACAUAUGCCGACCAGAGCCAGCCCAACGUCGCCCAGGGCAAGCCGGCCGGCCGCUACUUCAUCCACGCACUCGACGCCAACGACCUCACGGAGAGGCCCAACUUCCCCAUCGGUCUUGAGGGCAUCGUGGCCCGCAACAGCCCGCAGCGCAUCUUCAACGCCGGCAUCUCGAACCAGAGGCCUGCCCUGCUGCAUGUCGGCCAGUACAUUUACGUCGGUUUCGGUUCUCACUGCGUGCAGUAUGACUUUACUGGCUGGAUCAUCGGUUUCGACAAGACGUCAGGCAAGCUCGUGGAGCAGUUUGCUACCCAGGGCCCCGAUGUUCCCGCCAACAAGAAGGGCGCCAGUAUCUGGAUGUCGGGCGGCGGUAUCGCCUCGGACAAUGCCGGAUCCAUCUUCUUCGCGACUGGCAACGGCUACGCCUCGCAACUGGCGACGAUUCCCGUCAAGGGCUUCAACCCUCCGACGGCCCUCGAGGAGGCCGCCGUGCACAUGACCAUCGGCGCCGAUGGCCGUCUCGACGUUGCCGACUUUUUCAUGCCCUACGAGAAGCAGGAGCUCGACGGCGCCGACAAGGAUCUCGGCACCAGCCCCCUCGAGAUUCUCCCGAGCGAGUUCUCCUGCGGUAACGUCAAGCGCAUGGGCGUCGUCACUGGCAAGAGCGGCAAGACGUACUGGCUUGACCUCGACAACCUCGGCGGCUAUCGCAACGGCGCCGACAGCAAGUCGGAUGCUGUGCUGCAGACGUACCAGAACGAAAACUCGGUCUACGCCGGCGCCGGUGUCUACCCGCUCGAGGGCGGCUACAUUUACAUUAACGUCAUCCGGUUCAAGUCGCACGUCUUCAAGUUCUCGUGCAUCAACGGCAAGCCGAGCUUCGCCAAGGUCGCCGACUCGCCUCAGACAAAUGGUUAUGUCCUCGGUGUCAGCCACGGCACCGUCACCUCGCUUGACGGCCAGCCAGGCACCGGUCUCGUCUGGGUCACCGAUGUUCAGACUGUUGCUGGGUCCUCGCCUCUGUCGACAAUCCGUAUCUACGAUGCUAUUCCCAAGGAUGGCGCCAUGGUGCUGCGCAAGUCGUUCAACGUGCCCGGUAUUAUGAAGUUCACCCGUGCCGUCUUUGGCGAUGGCACCCUCUUUGUCGGCACGAACCAGGGCUACCUCUAUGCCUUUGGCGCGCCCACCAAGUCGCCGCUCGACUGCUCGCCGGCGCCGGCCACCUUUGGCUCUGUCAACAUCAACGCCAAGUCGGACGAGAAGACAAUUACCUGCAAGGCUGUUAUUGGUGUUCGCCUCACGGGCGUCGAACUCGACAAGGCCCAGGACUACGCCAUUUCUGGCACGCCUAAUAUGCCGUUGCAGCUUGCUGUCGGCCAGCAGUUCACGGUCAAGGCCACAUUUACCCCUGGCAGCGUCGGCACGCUCGCUGACGACAUCAAGUUCAACACGACCAACUCGGUCGCUGGCUACAGGACCACGUCGACUGUUCGCCUCAACGGUACUGGAUCCAGCGCCGAUGCUCUGCUUGCCGUGUCACCGAACCGCAUCGUCUUCCCGACCUCGGUCGCCGGCCCCAGCCCCAACGACCUUUCGGAGAGCGUCAUCCUGAGCAACCAGGGUAACGCUGAGCUCACCAUCACCUCCGUGCAAGUCUCGACGGCCGGCGCCAGCGGUCCCUUUACACCGUUCACAGACGCUGGGGAUGUCAAGGUGUCGGCCUUUUCGGUACAGGGCGUGCCCACGUCGAUCCCCGCCAGCGGCAACGCAGUUCUGACUGUCCUCUUCGACACGACCACGGCGGGUGAUUUUGCCGGCUGGGUCAAGAUUGUGACCAACGGUGGCGAGCGCACCUUUUCCAUCGCCGGCAGCGCAGGCGCGGCUCCUGUGGCCCUGCUCCAGUUCCAGAAGCCCGACGGCUCGGGCUGGGUUGACUACGUUGACGAUAACACGCCCUUCACGUUUGGCGACGUGACGCAGAACACAUACCGCUCCCUGCUCUUCCGCGUCACCAACGGUGCUGCCGCCGGCGGCGUCAAGCUCUCCCUGACCGUGUCCAAGCCGCCUGUCGGCUCCAACAGCAUUAUUCGCGCCGCCAACCAGGUCGAUCUCGCCGAGGGUACUCUCCUCGCACCCGGCGAAAGCGCGACGGCCGUCAUGACAUGCACUGUCCCCAAGACGCAGUACAACCAGGACGCCUACAACGGCACGACGACCUGGACCAUGAACACCAACGACCCCGUCUCGGGCAAGCACGUCAUCCCCUUCUUCUGCAACGCCGUCACCCAGCAGGCGCCGCCUCUGCUCGCCAGCGGCCAGGGCAAGUACCGCUACGUCGGCUGCUUCAAGGACAACACGCCGACCCGCCAGCUGUCGAACCAGCUCUACGGCAACAACGCCGGCGAGAACACCAUGUGCAUCGCCGCCUGUGGCGCGCGCGGCUCCAUCUUCUGCGGCACCCAGUACCACCGUGAGUGCUGGGCCGGCAACCUCAUCCCCAACACCAAGGUCGCCGACGCCAACUGCAACUUUGACUGCGCUGGCGACCUGCAGCAGAUUUGCGGCGGCAACGGCGUUGGUACCGGGGCCGGCGGCACGUACAUCUCGCUCUUUGCCGACUCGACCCAGUGGGACGGCAACCUCACGAGGCCCGACAGCGGUGGCGGCACCGUCACGCCGCCUGUCGGAGGCCCCGUCGCGAACCCAGGUGUUGAUGGCUACAAGCACAUUGGCUGCUACACCGAGGCGACGCAGGGCCGCGCUCUGCCGACCGAGGGCAAGGUCACGUCCAAGACGGUCGCCAGUUGCGUUGCUGCCUGCAAGGGUCUCAGCUUGAAGAUAGCUGGUGUCGAGUACGGCGGCGAGUGCUGGUGUGGCAAUGAGCUUCGUGGAGGAUCCGUCGCUGCGCCCGCCAAGGACUGCAACAUUGCCUGUGGCGGGAAUUCCACCGAGCUCUGCGGUGGUGGUUCUCGUCUCAACGUUUACCAGCUUGACGAUGGCACGUUGACGACGACCACGGCGGCCACGACGACGAUCGUCGCCACCUCUUCCAUCCUCGAGAGCUCUUCUGUCCCCGUCGAUUCGGUCCCCCCGACCACGACUACGACGACCUCGGCGACUCCCACUCCAACGGGCCCUGCCAUCCGCCAGAUCGUCAGCACAGAAUGGUCCUUCCAGGGCUGCUACACCGAGACGAAGAACGGCCGCGCCCUCUCCAAGAAGUCGUACGCUGAUGACCUCAUGACCCUCGAGUCUUGUGCCGCUUUCUGCAAGGGCGUCUCGGCUGCCUUCUUCGGCGUUGAGUACGGUCGUGAGUGCUACUGCGGUGAUUCCCUCCGUGACGGCAGUGUCCCGGCCACGAACCAGAAGGACUGCUCGUUCCUGUGCCCUGGCGACAAGACCACCUACUGUGGUGCCGGCGAUCGUCUGCAGCUGUACAAGUUUGGCCUUGGAACCUCUACCGCCGUGACUUCGACCUCUGCUGUUACUACCACUUCUACAACUUCUGCUGCCGUGACCACUGACAUCAGCUCGACCACCACCCUAGCCACGCCAACCUCCACUUCGCCCGCCAUCCGCCAGGUCGUCCGCUCGCGCUACAACUUCCAGGGUUGCUACACCGAGGCGGAAAACGGCCGGGCCCUCGAGAAAUCGACCAUGGCCGACGACCUCAUGACGCUCGAGAUGUGCGCCGACUUCUGUGCCGGCAGCACCUACUUUGGCGUCGAGUACGGCCGCGAGUGCUACUGCGGCGAUGCCCUCCGCGACGCCACCGUCAAGAGGGCCGACAACCAGGACGACUGCUCGUUCCUGUGCCCUGGUGACAAGACGACCUUCUGCGGCGCCGGCGUCAGGCUGCAGCUGUACAAGCUCGGCGAUGCGCCGACUGUCGCGGGAAGUACGGCCUCGAGCUCGACUUUGACUGUGACAACGACGGCCGUGGCUUCCACUGUGACGACGUCGAGCACGUCUGUUGCUACUACGUCGAGCAGCACUUCCGCUGCUGUCACUACGUCAAGCAGCAGUUCUGUUGUCAGUACGUCAAGCAGCAGUUCUACAGCGCCCACUACCACCAGCACGACCAGUGUUGCUAUCACCACGACAAGCACUACCUCUGUCGCUCCUACAACCACCAGCACCACCUCGACAGCCACUCCCACUCCCACCGGCCCCAUCAUCUGGCAGGGUAACAGCAACUUCACCUACUACGCUUGCGUUUCGGAACCGUCCAAGGGCCGUCUCCUCACCAAGCAGGUCUUCAACGACGGCGUCAACAUGACCACCAAGGCCUGCGCCGAGCGCUGCUGGGACUACGGCUACGCCGGCGUCGAGUAUGGCCGCGAAUGCUGGUGCGGCAACACCCUCAAUUUUGCCGGCGACACGGGCGCCACCCCGGGCAAGAAUGUCACCGACACCGAGUGCAAGAUGACGUGCCCUGGCGACAGGAACGUCUACUGCGGUGCCGGGUCAAGGCUCAGUCUCUACAUCAACCAGAAGCUUCUCACCUGA